AUGAAAACUUUGAAAUCUAGAGUCAAAAGUAUAAUACCACAAUGGUUUAAUCAAGGAUAUGUUAGGAAACCAGGAUGUGGAAGAAAACGAGUUAACCCACAAGCAGUAACUGAACUUGAACAAUGGAUAUUGAUUGAAACCAAGAAAGGAGGAAAGAAAAUUACCAGAGACCAAAUCAAAUCCAAAGCCUUAGAUAUUUUCAAUACUGAUACAUUCAAAGCAUCCAAAAUGUGGAUGGACAAAUUUCUUUCAGAAUAUGAUAUCAAAUUCAAAGUUUAAUCAAUAUUACAGGAACAAGGAUGUUUAUCUAAAUUAUAAGAAGUCAAAUUCAAAUAGGAGCAAAAAUCAAGACAUGAGAAGGAAUCAGAAAGCUUGGAGACUAAACGAUUAAUCAAAAAGGAAUCAUAAGAACAAAUUAAAACUGAUCUAAAUGUUAAAUAGGGCUUUGAAGAGAAAGUAUAUGUGGAAGAUUUCUUCUUAGAUUAAGAUCCAGCCAAUUUCUUUUCUGAUUCAUUUGAAAUUUAAAGUAGACAAAACUUGAGUAAUUUGUUCCAAAAUUAGAAUUUCUAGGAGACAGCUAUUAAGAGAUUUUUACAGGAUACUUUACAAUAUAUAUACUAUAUAUAUAUUAGAUAAUUUUAAUAAUAUAUAUAGCAUUUAGAUCAUAAUGCAAGAGAUAAGAAUUUAUUACAAGACUAAUGA